UUAAGGAGGAAAUUUCAGUGUAAAAAUCGUACGGUUGUUUUGGAUUCAAAUUUCAAAAUUUUCCCUUCCAUUUCAUUGCUUGGAUUUUGCUUGUGAUUCAUUUGCAGCAUGGAGAGGUCUUGUUUGAAUUUCGAUAAGCCGAUCCAGGACGCUAUUUCCAGGAUCCGAUUUGCUUCCCGGUCGAACAAUCUUUUAAUUUCUUCUUGGGAUUCUAAUCUUCGACUUUACGAUGUGGAUAAAUCAGAGCUGAGGUUAGAAGCUCCUAGUGGUGGAGCGGCGCUCCUUGAUUGCUGUUUCGGAAGUGAGUCGAUGGCUAUUAGUGCUAAUUCCGACGGUUCUAUUACCAGGUAUGAUAUGCAUCUGGGAGAGAGCAAAGCAAUAGGAAUUCAUGAUGAUUUAGCGACCUGUGUUGAAUAUUCUGUGGAAACAAGCCAAAUUGUAACUGGCGCUUGGGAUAAAAAAAUAAAAUUUUGGGAUGCUCGCUCUGCCGGUUCUGUUGGAUGCUUGGACAAUCUUUCUGAAAAGGUUGAAUCAUUGUCACUUUCUGGAUUUAGUUUGGUGGCUGCUAUAAAAUCAUCAUUGAAUAUGUAUGAUUUGCGAUACUUAGACAAAUCAGUUCAAGCUAAAGAACUCUUCAAGGGCAUUCUAAUAAAAUGUGUUCGUGCAAGUCCAGAUUUAGAAGGAUUUGUGGCCGGAUCAAAUGAUGGGCGGGUUGCAUUGGAAUUUUUUGGAGAGUCAAACACAAAGAAUAAGGGAUACGCUUUCAAAUGCCAUCCAAAGAGUAAGAGUGGAAGAUCUCAUAUGGUUGCUGUGAAUGACAUUGCAUUUAAUCCAUACAAGCGGGGUGAACUUGUUACUGGUGACAAUGAAGGCAAUGCGGUGAUGUGGGAUGUUUUAAAACAGAACCGCCUAGCCGAGCUGCAUAGAUUUCCCAACAGCGUCACAUCGUUGACAUACAACCAUGAUGGACAACUUUUGGCAGCCGCGUCAAGUUAUACAUACCAAGAGGCAAACGAAAGAGAAGAUCUGCCUCAAAUAUUUGUGACUUCCCUAUAAAAUCAAGAUGGGUUUAGGAUAAACAACCAUUGUUGUCGAGGAAAUUAUCGACUUAUUUUCCCUCCGCGAAUUUGCCUGUGAGGUUAGUGAACAUAUUGUGUGAAUUCCAUCCAGCCAUUUGAUGAAACAUGUGGAGUAGACAUGGAUUUGUGUCUGGAAAUUCAAAAUCCUGUGUUAAUAUCAUUAUGUGUUCAAGUCUGCCAUAUGUUGGAUUAGAGUGAAAAUUAGGGAUUUGUUCUUUGUUUAUGUUAAAUUAAUGAAUUUUUUGAUCUGAUCAUUUUUGUAUUGUAAGAUGCUUUAAUAUACUACUGGCGUUGAUAUUGCUUU